GAGGGGCUUGUGGCGGAAGUGGUCUCUCUGCCACAGCUAGCUGGGAAGAUGAUGCGUUCAGUGUUAAAGUGGCUGUACUUUGGCCUGUGCAGCCUUUUGUUGGUGCCGGCGGAGGCCCCAAGCCCCGAAGAUCCGCCCGAGCGGAGCCGGCCGUACGUAGUGCUGCGCGGGCAGAACCUGGUGUUGAUGGGAACCAUUUUCAGCAUCCUGCUGGUGACCGUCAUCCUUUUGGCAUUUUGUGUCUACAAGCCCAUCCGGCGUCGGUGACAGCCAAGCAAACAAGUUCUUCCACGAGUACUAGGGAACAGGAUAAGUUGUGUUGCACAUGGGCCAGUGGAGAAGUUGGAAUCUGAACUUUCCUACUUAGAACUGACCUUUGGUCCAGACAAUUGGUAAAUGCUAAAUUAUUUAGAAAAAACAUCAAUUAGCAAUUAUUUUUUCCUAAUCCUGUAAUGCAAAUAAUAGGCCACCGAGUCUGCCUCGCAGUGUUUCUUUUUUGUUAGCUGUGCUUGUUAAAAAACCUGAAACCCAAGGUUCAGUGUAAAGAUGGAGUGCUCAUAAGAAAGAAAACAUAACCCUGUGUUUUAAGAACCACACUGGAAAAGACUAAUCAUUAAUUGUUGAAAAUAUUAACAAGAGGAAGACUUACCUUGUAGACAUUCUCUAUCGAGAACCACUCAGUCACAACGGGUUAAGGAUCAGAAAUGGUUUUCCUUUCCUCUGAGGUGGGCUAUAAUGCUCUGGUUGCAAUAUCAGCAUGGGGAACUUAGACUGUCUCUCCUCACCUCUGCACACAAGUGCCCCCACUGAAAUCAGGGUCCCAUCAGGUUACUGCAUGUACCCUUGGCCUGAAAGGCUCUGGAGAUGGACUGAAAGUAUUAUUAGUUGGCCCAUCUGAAAAAGAACUCCAUCCUGCUCAGACACAUUGAUCUCCGCCUGUUCUGUACUUAAGACCUUCCAGCCCACAGCCUAAACUUUUGGUAGCUUUUCAGAUUUGGAAUCUAAUAGCUCAGCAGGAGCUCCUUUCAGCCCAGGGUGAGAAGGGCUUAACCAGGAAGUGCAUGUGCUCUGUGCUGGAGUGUCUGUUUACACAGAUGUAAUCUCAACUUGUUAAAAGCUGCUAUUAUUUUGCACUGUUGGUGAACUGGAUUUUUUUCCCCUAUUGAAAUACUUUUGUACUUAUAAAGUGCUUAUCAAUAUUUAUUUUAAGGUGCUUCUGGGACCUUAACUUUAUGUUCCAUUUAAGCACAGCACUGACUUCUUUAUUUUUGUUAACCUGUACUUAAUGUGAAAUAACUGAUGUGGAAUACUGUAACUGUUUAACUGAAGAAUUUGGUUUUUGUAACGAGCCAUUGAAAUGUUUGCUGUUCUGUGCUUUUGAGCAAAAAAAUAUUAAAGUAAAAUUAUGGUAUUCUAGUAAUUAUUUCCCAAAGUGUUUGAAAUGCAUGUAUGUCUGAAUCUGAUCUAAUCUCUUAAGGAAGUGCUAUGAAGUGAAAUUCUAAGUUCAUAAUGUGAAAUAACACCCUUGACUCAAGGCAAAGCCAUAAUCAAACUCUAACGCUAGGCCAGGCGUUAGAAGACCUAGAUUCUUAUCCUAGCUCCAGUUGCAAAACAGGCUUAAUAUCUCCAGAGCCUCGGUUUUCUUAACUGUAUGCCAUACACACUGUUAACUGCUGAGAAGGUGCAAUGAUCUGAAAACUAAUACAGAUGUAAAUAAAUGAAUCAACACAGUUGGCCUGUCCCAUAGAAGUUCCUGGUUAUUGGCAAUAGCAUCUGGCGUUGACAGAAUUCAGUCCCAGAAGCACAUCACCAUCUCAUCUGGAACACCGGUUUUGAUGUACUGCCACAAUAUUUAUUGCCAUUUUUAGGAUUUUAAAUGGAAACAGUAAAAAUUUGCCAAGCCUAUAAUCCUUGCCAUUUGCUCAGUAGUAACAGCAGCGGGCACAUAUUCCAGUUUUUUGAAACAAUUUUGCAAUUCCACACACAAAUCUAAAACUCGGUCUAAAUAUUUAUUCCAAUUUUAUCAUCUGUUUUUUAUAAGAUUUCAUGCUAAAGUAAGACAAAUCUUUGUAGAAAGAGGCUUAUUGCAGAGAGAUGCCUUAAGAUAAAAACAUCAAUUCUGGGAAAGAAUUACACUGAAAAUCUUAUACACCAAAGACUGCUCAACUAGUACAUUGAAGUGGAAUUAUUUUUCCUGGCCUUCAUCUUUGGAGGUACAGGAGGAGGUGUUUGCCAAACCCUAAACUUCAUAACCACAUUGUGGCAAUUUCUGUACCCAGAUGAACACAUCCAAUUAGUU